GCUCCAUGGUUACCAACGCAAUGACGCUUUUCCGUAUCCAAGACAUCUCUAGAGCUGAAGAGGCGAGCUAGCUGAUAUAUUUUCAGAUAUCACCAUCAAUAAACAUAGCUAGUUUAAAGCGUAGUGUAACUGCUCGUUUGUCUAGCCAGUUAACAUAAUAUUUAGCAGUAAAAGAGUAGGGUGUUUGGCGUCAACAAUGGCUGAGUUUGGUUUCAAUGAACACCAUCAGAAUGAGGCCAUCAACUACAUGCGCUUUGCACGCUCCAAGAGGAUCAUCAGACUCAAGACCAUUGACUCCUGCUUCGAGGACCUUAAAGACAGCAGGCUAGUGGAGGAGACAUUCACAGUGGACGAGGUGCGGGACAUGCUGGACGGGCUGCAGCUGGUUGUGCGAGGGGAGGUCGAGACAGAGCUCAUCAACACGGCCCACACCAACGUGCUGCUGCUUCGGCAGCUCUUCUCCCAGGCUGAAAAGUUCUACCUCCGUCUGCAGACUGACAUAUCGGAGCUGGAGAACAGAGAGUUGUUAGAGCAAGUGGCUGAGUUUGAGAAUACUGAGUUUAAAAACCCAAAUAAGACUAACCAAGAAAUUAGCAAGCCCAAGUUAGCACCGCUGAAUGAAGGUGGGGUAUCUGAACUUCUCAACAAGGAGAUAUCAAGGCUACAAGAGGAAAAUAAUAAGCUCAAAGGCAGGCUCCGGACUUUGGAAACCCAGGCCAUGGGUGCGUUGGAUGAGAAGACCAGGGCGGAGAGGGCUCUCAAAGACUUGCAGAAGGUCAAGGGGGAACAGCAAAUGACCACCCGUUCUCAGGAGAUCACUAGUCUGGAGGACACGGUGGCAGCACUGCAGGAAGACUACCAGAAGUCCCUGAGUGUCAACGCUGCCUCCCAAAGAGACCUGCAGGACAACCUGGUGUCUGCCAAACAUGACCUGCUCAGGGUACAGGAACAACUGUCCCUGGCAGAGAAGGAGCUGGACCGGAAGUUCCAACAGACUUCUGCCUACCGCAACAUGAAGGAGAUCCUCACCAAGAAAAAUGAGCAGAUCAAGGACAUCAGGAAACGGCUUUCAAAAUACGAGUCUGAUGAAUGAACCCUUUGCAUCACACAACAAGACACAAAAUGGAGGUUAAAAUACACGACAAGAGGGUAGAAAUGGCCCAAAACCUUGGACUGUCACUCUGGAGAAGGUUUUUGCCCAUUUAUCAUUUAUUCUACCCCACUGCAGGAGGAGGUGCUUU